GGAUGAAGAUUUUCCGAUCAGUACUCUGCGGCCGAUUAUCAGUGGCCGCGCGCCAAAUGGCGUCCUCUAGGGUCACGGCGUCGAAUGCCACAGUCUCCCGCCGCCACGUGUGCAUUCUAGAUCGUUCCAGCAGUGAGCGGCGAGAGUGGAUGCCACGUGGCCCGCCGGCAUUGGCAGUUGCGCGAUCUUAUGAUUGUCCAUCGGCAUCGGCGAUGCCGCACAGGUCUACAUGCUCGAUUCCAAGCAGGUGGGCAUGGUCGUCGCCGCACAAGCACGCGACAUGUUGGUUGUCGCACAGCUCGAGGCGAUGUUGGCGGUGGUCACACAACUCGCGAUGGCGAUCGUCGUCGUCGUUGGACACGUCGUCGCCGCACAAGUCCGCAUGGGCCCGGUCGCGAUGGCUGCGGCCAGCCCCCUCACAAACAGCGGUGGAUUGUGCUUGUUAUGCGUGUGUCCAAAUGUCCGUCGUCGGGAUCCCUGGUCAUCGAUGUCUAAUAAUGAAUGGAGGGGGACAAGAGGGCCAGCUGCUUCGCCUGCUCGCCGGAGGCCGCCGUUCCGACGACGCCUGUUCAUGCGCGACGAGAGUGUCACACCAGCUGCAGCUGCGCGAUGAUGGGCGGCGACGCCACUGUCUGUCGCACUCGUCUGCUGAACUUGAGAGCUUUUUUCGCCCAUGGGUUGUUGUUCGGGAUUCACGGAAAUCACUGAGUUCUCUACGACGGCGAGAUGAAUGUCGAUUCUCUUUUUUCUCGAGAAAUGGCGGGAACGGCGCGCUUUGUACAGGAGCUCAUGGAUAUGGCGCGCAGGAGUUGUCCAGGGUUGAGGCGAUGGUGACAACGAGGGACAGCGGAAGAGAACGAGGAGGAGAAGGAGGAGGAGGAGGAGGAGGAGGAGGAAGAGGAGACAGAGGAGAAGAAAGGGAAGGAGGGAAAAGUAGAGGAGAAGCAGAAGAAGGCGGCAAAGAGGGAGAAAGAGAUUACGCCAUCCACGUGUCAACUCCUGACGCUGACGUGGACUGCCUUCUUUUGGAUCUUGUGACGGGGUCGAGGAAGAUAACCGCCAUAGCCCAAACCUUGUGGAAGAGGAUUGCUCGCCCGGGAGACAUCGUCGUCGAUUGCACAUGUGGCAACGGCUUCGACACUCUCUUUCUCGCCCAAUUAGUUGUCCCACCCACCUUCGGCUUGGCAUCGGGCUCACACUCAGACUCAGGGUCGGGGUCGGUCUCAGGGUCGGGAUCAGGGUCGUUGUUGUCAGGACCGGACUCAAGGUCGGGGUCGGGGUCAGGGUCGGGCUCCCCAUCGUGCUCGCCUUCUUCCUCGCCGACACUUUCUCCUUCCCUCUUAUCUGAUUCGUGUGCUUGCCCAUCUGGAUCCGGAUCCCAAUCACAGAUCUCCUCUACAAAGGGGGAUUCGGAUGCAAAUGCUCCUCGUGCUUCCGAUUUGCCCCCUCCAGAUUCUGUGGACGCUCGACACGUGUCCGUCGUUCUGCAGUCUACGACGAGUCCCAAGCAGAAGGAGAAGACGACGCUCGGUGAGAGCUAUAGCCGCAAUAGUUGUAGUUCUAGUGUUACUGCUAGUUCUAGUGGUCAGGGUAGUAGUGCUAGUGUUACAGCUAGUUCUAGUGGUCAGGGUAGUAGUUGGAGUAGCUAUGGUGCAGAGAAUGACGAUAAAAAAAAAAAGGAGGGUAAUGGUGGGAUCCGCCAUAGCCGUUCUUCCUUGGAAGGAGGAGGAGGAGGACACGUGUAUGCUUUCGACAUCCAGCUGGCAGCUAUUGAAAACACGAGUCGUCUUCUUAGGCGGGAGCUCGAUGGAGACCGCCUCUCCAGAGUCCAGCUCAUCCGUGACUGCCAUAGCCGGAUUUCUGAGUACUUGCCGCCAAACUCUGUUAAGCUAAUUACCUUCAAUCUUGGUUACCUUCCAGGAUCUGAUAAGUCGAUAAUCACGACACGUGGCACCACUUUAACCGCCAUCGAAGAGUCGAUGAAAGCUCUUGCGCCACGUGGCGUCAUCUCCAUCAUCGCCUACGUCGGACACGAUGGAGGGAUGGAUGAAUACGAGGCCAUCUGUAGACUGGGAGAGGCUCUGCCCGUCGAAGAUUGGGUUUUCACGCACACUAAUUGGGGCAACAGACCUACAAGUCCACGAUGCCUGCUCAUCUACAAAAGAUAAUACUAGUAAUUAAUUAAUGCUUUUUCCUAUUCAAUUUUCCCCCUUUUCGUUAUUAUUAUUAUUAGUUUAUUAUUAAUUAUAUUAUGUGUAUAAUUUUUACUUAAAUUCAUUUGAUUGAAAUGUAUUCUUUUGUUAUUUUCCAGUGAAUGUUGAAAGGGCUCGUACGAGGAGGGGAAGAAAAUGACUCAUCUGUGUAGGAAUGACAUGGCAGAACGCCAGCUAAAAGAUAUGUGAGGUAAGAGAAAAAUGUGGCUGUCCCCCGAUGAGGAGAAGGCAGCUUAAAAUAUUGAAAAAAAAAAAAAAAAACAUCAACUGCGAAUGCAUGACACGCCGAAAAAAAAAAAAAAAAAAAAAAAACAAACCAAACCAAACCGA